UAUCUCUCCCUAUGACUUAAUCGAUUCUAACUUGACGCUCAGUGGCUAAAUGCUAACAACAAUGAGACAAGGCUGCAGUUUACACUAAGCUAUUCUACAAAUUCAAAGAUUAACGAGGUUCUUGUUGUUCAAACUUGGAUGCAGAGAACUUUGAUUGUAUUUGCUCACAAGACUCUCGGCUCACGUUUGCACCUCCUCAGACGACCCCUCGGGUGUCUGCAGCCCUGCAACGCUUCCCUUUCCUCCGUACUUCAGCCUCACCCUAAAUCCACCCCCUCAUUACAGCGCACUAGCAGCCUCCUUCGAUCGGAUCCCCUUCGCUUGCCGCAGCAUCGCAGCUUCUCUCAGGAGCCAGAGAUGGCAGAGCAGAGGUUCCUUGUGGAAUAUGCCAAGAGAGGAACAGCAGGAUGCAAGAAAUGCAAAGACAAGAUCCCGAAGGGAAUAGUGCGGAUCGGGAAGGUGGUGCCGAACCCCUUCAGUGAGUCCGCCGGGGACAUGAAAGAGUGGUACCACGUCAAGUGUAUAUUUGAGAAGCUAGAAAGAGCCAGAGCUACAACCAAGAAGAUUGAGGACAUCACAGACCUGGAAGGUUGGGAGGAGCUCCAGGACGAGGACAAGACACUGAUCAACAAACAUGUGUCGGAUCUUAUGGCGAAAGUGAACGCUAGUCCAAAGAAAAAGGUCCAGGCCAAGUUGAAUACAUCUGGUCAGGCGAUGGGACCUCCUGCUGACCCGACCGUCAACGCUCCACGCAAGUUUUCUGGCUUCACGGCUGCCAAGGCUGGAACAUCCAGCAGCCCGGGUCCGUCCUCGUCUCCCGCCAAACCAGGUCAAGGCAGCGCCCUCUCCACGCAGCUCUGUGACCCCCAACACAAAGACUGUCUCCUGAGAGAGUUUCGAAAGCUGUGCGCCAUGGUGGCGGAGCACAACAGCUACAACGUGAAGACGCAGAUCAUCGAAAAGUUUCUGAGGAAAGGCUCUGGUGGAGACAAGUUCCAUGGAGAUCUGUACCUGACCGUGAAGCUGCUGCUGCCCGGCGUCGUCAAAAGUGUCUACAACCUCAACGACAAGCAGAUUGUUAAACUCUUCAGUCGCAUCUUCAGGUGCAACCAGGACGACAUGGUGCGAGACCUGGAGCAGGGUGACGUGUCCGAGACCGUCCGGAUGUUCUUUGAGGACAGUAAAUCUUUCCCGCCAUCCACCAAGAGCCUCCUGACCAUACAGGAAGUGGACGCGUCUCUGACUCGCCUUGCUCAGCUGACCAAAGAAGAUGACCAACAGAAGGAGCUGGAGGAAAUCGCCAAGAAAUGCACCAGCAAUGACCUCAAAUGCAUCAUCCGUCUGAUCAAGCAUGACUUGAAGAUGAACGCCGGAGCCAAGCACGUUCUAGAUGCCGUCGAUCUGAACGCCUACGAUGCCUUCAAGGCCUCUCGGAACCUCGGAGACGUGAUUGAACGCGUGUUAAGGAACCAGCAGGAGGCGUCCAACGGGUCGGGACCUCGCAAACUUCUGACCAUCGAGGCUUCACUCAUGACCCCCGUGCAGCCAAUGCUGGCUGAGGCUUGUAAAUCCAUCGAGUACGCCAUGAAGAAAUGUCCCAACGGCAUGUACUCUGAGAUCAAGUACGACGGCGAACGAGUUCAGGUCCACAAGAAUGGAGACAAUUUCAGCUACUUCAGCCGCAGCCUCAAGCCAGUGCUGCCCCACAAGGUGGCCCACUUCAAGGACUACAUCCCUCAGGCCUUUCCUGGAGGACACAGCAUGAUCCUGGACGCUGAGGUUCUCCUGAUAGACACCAAGACCAGCAAGCCACUACCAUUCGGGACUCUGGGAGUCCACAAGAAAGCUGCUUUUCAAGAUGCCAACGUUUGUCUGUUCGUCUUUGACUGCAUCUACUUCAACGGCGUGAGCCUGAUGGAGAGGCCUUUGAGCGAACGCAGGAAGUUCCUUCACGACAACAUGGUGGAGGUGACCAACAGGAUUUUGUUUUCUGAGAUGAAACACGUGACGAGGGCAGGGGAUCUGGCCGACAUGAUCACUCGGGUCAUCAGAGAGGGACUCGAGGGUUUGGUGCUGAAGGACGUGAAGGGUUCGUAUGAGCCGGGCAAGAGGCACUGGCUGAAGGUGAAGAAGGACUACUUAAAUGAGGGAGCGAUGGCUGACACGGCGGACCUGGUGGUUCUGGGAGCUUUCUAUGGGAAAGGAUCCAACGGGGGCAUCAUGUCCAGUUUCCUGAUGGGCUGCUACGACCCCCACUCCAAGAAAUGGUGCACCGUCACCAAGUGUUCUGGCGGCUACGACGAUGCCAUGUUGGCUCGGCUGCAGAAGGAACUGGACGUCAUCAAGAUCAGCAAGGACCCCAGUAAAAUCCCCGGCUGGCUGAAGGUCAUCAAGAACUACUAUCCAGACUUCAUUAUUCGGAACCCUGAGGAGGCGCCUGUGUGGGAAAUCACUGGAGCGGAGUUCUCCAAGUCAGAGAUGCACACGGCCGACGGGAUCUCCAUUCGCUUCCCACGCAUGACCAGAGUGCGUGACGACAAAGACUGGAAGACCGCCACCAACCUACCGCAGCUCAAAGAACUCUUCCGUGUGUCGAAGGAAAACUGCGACUUCCAAGUGACGGCAGGACCGUCAGGAACCAACGACGACAAGAGUUCGUCAGGGGACAGCCGGGGCAACUCUCCUCCCAACACGUCACAAGGGGGCGCCACACCAAAAAAGAGCAGUGUCAGCAGUGCGUCCAAACCCAAAGCAGUGAAGUCCGAGCCUCGUACCCCUGCGGCUGAAGCUCCAAGUGCCAAGAAGGUGAAGAAGAUCGAAACUGUCCACAGCAACGGGACCAAACCCAAAGUUCCUACAGCACAGCUGCUGAAGAGCAAUGACAAGACGCUGCUGGACAUCUUCAGCGGGGUCAAACUCUUCCUCCCUGAAUCCAUCCAGGACUUCCACAAGCUCCGCCGCUACUUCCUGGCGUAUGAUGGCGACUUGGUGCCUGACUUUGACGCCAGCUCAGCCACGCACACGCUGGGGGAACCGGACAAGGAUGGCCGGGCGCAGAGAGUGACGGAGAACUGGAUCUGGGAGUGUAUCAAGAAGCGCCGCGUGGUGCCGCCCUGCUGACCAACACCACAGUGCUUUUUAACUGACUCGGGUUUUUAAUCCACAACGCGGAUCAGGCUCUGAUCCUGAGCAGAGCUGAGACUCUCAGUUUGGCUGAUGUAGAAUUUCUUGAACAGAAACGUGAGUCAAAUAAAAAAAGAGGUGUCGGAGAGAAAAACUUGGUCUU